AUGGGUAAUACCGCUUCAAUCAAAAAGGGCGAACCAGCAGAUGUUAAGGCGUUCUUAGAUGAUGCGAAAAAGGAAUUCCUUGAAAAAUGGGAAAAACCCUCCCAGAACACAGCCUGCCUAGACGACUUUGACAGAAUAAAAACUUUGGGAACUGGGUCCUUCGGUCGUGUCAUGCUUGUUCAACACAAAGCAAAAAAGACGUAUUAUGCCAUGAAAAUUCUUGACAAGCAGAAGGUCGUGAAGCUAAAGCAAGUUGAGCAUACGCUUAACGAAAAGCGAAUUUUACAAGCCAUCUGCUUUCCUUUUCUAGUAAAGUUGAACUAUUCAUUUAAGGACAAUAGCAAUUUGUACAUGGUCCUGGACUUUAUAAAUGGCGGCGAAAUGUUUUCUCACCUCCGCAAAAUCGGUCGAUUUAGGCGAGUUGGUGUUUAUUUCUUUGCCUAUGUUGCUGCAUGUCAAUCACCUGAAAGUCAUGCACGCUUCUAUGCUAGCCAAGUAGUUCUGGCCUUUGAGUAUUUGCAUCACCUCGAAUUGGUGUAUCGCGAUCUCAAACCCGAAAACAUCCUUAUCGAUGAACGUGGUUAUCUUAAGAUAACGGAUUUCGGUUUCGCCAAACGAGUAAAAGGACGAACUUGGACUCUUUGCGGUACUCCUGAAUAUCUAGCUCCUGAGAUCAUUUUAAGCAAGGGCUACAAUAAAGCAGUUGACUGGUGGGCUUUGGGGGUGUUGGUUUAUGAGAUGGCUGCUGGCUACCCACCCUUUUACGCCGACCAACCCAUUCAAAUUUAUGAAAAGAUUGUCUCUGGAAAGGUUCGAUUCCCGUCACACUUCAGCUCGGACCUGAAGGAUCUACUUCGCAAUUUGCUUCAAGUGGACUUGACAAAGCGCUAUGGCAACCUGAAGAAUGGUGUCAAUGACAUCAAAAACCACAAAUGGUUUGCUUCCACAGAUUGGUUUGUUAUCUACAAGUGUGAGGCUGAGGCGCCAUUUGUGCCCAAGUGCAAAGGUCCCGGUGACGCCGACAACUUUGACGAAUACGAAGAGGAACCACUGCGUAUAUCAGCAACGGAGAAGUGCGCCAAGGACUUUGCCGACUUUUAA